CACGCCGCGGUCCCGGCAUGGCGGAGCCGGAGGCCUCGCAGCCCGGCCGGACCCCGCCGCCCCCCCCGGCCGCGCCCGGCUCCGGCCCGGGCCCCGCCGCCGGCUCCAGCGACCCGGCCCGGCCCGGCCUGAGCCAGCAGCAGCGCGCGAGUCAGCGCAAGGCCCAGGUGCGGGGCUUCCCGCGGGCCAAGAAGCUGGAGAAGCUGGGGGUGUUCUCGGCCUGCAAGGCCAACGAUGCCUGCAAGUGCAACGGCUGGAAGAACCCCAACCCGCCCACUGCCCCCCGCAUGGACCUGCAGCAGCCCGUGACCAACCUGAGCGAGCUGUGCCGUAGCUGUGGACACGCCCUAGCUGACCACGUGUCCCACCUGGAGAACGUCUCGGAAGAGGAGAUCAACCGGCUGCUGGGGAUGGUGGUGGACGUGGAAAAUCUCUUUAUGUCGGUCCACAAAGAGGAGGACACGGACACCAAGCAAGUGUACUUCUACCUCUUCAAGCUGCUGAGGAAAUGCAUCCUGCAGAUGAGCCGUCCUGUUGUAGAAGGGUCCCUUGGCAGCCCCCCCUUUGAGAAGCCGAACAUCGAGCAGGGAGUCUUCAACUUCGUCCAGUACAAGUUCAGCCACCUGCCCCCCAAGGAGCGUCAGACCAUGUACGAGCUCUCCAAGAUGUUCCUGCUCUGCCUCAACUACUGGAAGCUGGAGACGCCCUCCCAGUUCCGGCAGCGCUCGCAGAACGACGACGUGGCCACCUACAAAGUCAACUACACCCGCUGGCUGUGUUACUGCCACGUGCCCCAGAGCUGCGACAGCCUCCCCCGCUAUGAGACCACCCACGUCUUCGGGCGCAGCCUGCUCAAGUCCAUUUUCACCGUCACCCGCCGGCAGCUGCUGGAGAAGUUCCGGGUGGAGAAGGACAAGCUGGUGCCGGAGAAGCGGACGCUCAUCCUCACCCAUUUCCCCAAGUUUCUGUCCAUGCUGGAAGAGGAGAUCUACGGGGAGAACUCACCCAUCUGGGAAUCUGACUUCACCAUGCCGGCCACGGAAGGCGCCCAGCUGGUCCCGCGCCCAGCAGCCGUCAGCACCGUCGCCGUGCCCAGCACCCCGAUCUUCAGCAAGAAGCUCGGCAGCAGCAGCUCCUUGUCCUCCAUGAGCCUGGAUGCCAGCACGGCAGAGCCCGUGCCAGGCGAGAAGCGGAAGCUGCCCGAGAGCCUGACGCUGGAGGACGCCAAGCGGAUCCGGGUCAUGGGCGACAUCCCCAUGGAGCUGGUCAACGAGGUGAUGCUGACCAUCACGGACCCGGCUGCCAUGCUGGGCCCGGAGACCAGCCUGCUGUCGGCCAACGCGGCGCGGGACGAGACGGCGCGGCUAGAGGAGAGACGCGGCAUCAUCGAGUUCCACGUCAUCGGCAACGCGCUCUCGCAGAAAUCCAACAAGCGGAUCCUGAUGUGGCUGGUGGGGCUGCAGAAUGUCUUCUCCCACCAGCUGCCCCGCAUGCCCAAGGAGUACAUCACCCGCCUCGUCUUCGACCCCAAACACAAGACCCUGGCUCUGAUCAAGGACGGCCGGGUGAUCGGGGGCAUCUGCUUCCGGAUGUUCCCCACCCAGGGCUUCACGGAGAUUGUCUUCUGUGCUGUCACCUCCAACGAGCAAGUGAAGGGGUACGGGACGCACCUGAUGAACCACCUGAAGGAGUAUCACAUCAAGCACAACAUCCUCUACUUCCUGACCUACGCCGACGAGUACGCCAUCGGCUACUUCAAGAAGCAGGGCUUCUCCAAGGACAUCAAAGUGCCCAAGGGCCGCUACCUGGGCUACAUCAAGGACUACGAAGGGGCGACGCUGAUGGAGUGCGAGCUCAACCCCCGCAUCCCCUACACCGAGCUCUCGCACAUCAUCAAGAAGCAGAAGGAGAUCAUCAAGAAGCUGAUCGAGAGGAAGCAGGCGCAGAUCCGCAAGGUCUACCCGGGCCUGACCUGCUUCAAGGAGGGCGUGCGGCAAAUCCCUGUCGAGAGCAUCCCUGGAAUCCGAGACACGGGAUGGCGGCCGCUGGGGAAGGAGAAAGGGAAGGAGCUCAAGGACCCAGACCAGCUGUACAACACCCUGAAAAACCUCCUGGCCCAAAUCAAGACCCACCCCAGCGCCUGGCCCUUCAUGGAGCCCGUGAAGAAGUCAGAGGCCCCUGACUACUACGAGAUCAUUCGCUUCCCCAUCGACCUGAGGACCAUGACGGAGCGUCUGAAGAACCGCUAUUACGUCACCAAGAAGCUCUUCAUCGCCGACCUGCAGCGCAUCAUCACCAACUGCCGGGAGUACAACCCCCCCGACAGCGACUACUGCAAGUGCGCCAACACCCUCGAGAAGUUCUUCUACUUCAAGCUCAAGGAGGCCGGGCUCAUAGACAAGUAGGCACUUGGGGGGCCCUGGCCCUUCAGCGUCUCCUCCUGGCCUCGCGCUUCCCUUGUGCCCGGAGCUCCUGGCCGGGACAUCACUUCCUGCGUCGCUCUCCCAGGAGGGUCUCCUGGGCUUCUCCGAGCCCGGAUCGGGUGGGGGCGGGGCACGCAUCGCUGCUGAACGGCCAGAGUGUGGGGCCAGCUCCCCUCCUGCUGCUGGGGGACGCCCCUGGGACUCUGGCUUCUCUGUUGGCACUCGCUGGCUCACCACUGGCCUCUCCCCUUGGUGUCAGGGCUGCGUUAGCCACCGGGGCAGCAACCAGGACCGGAGCGGCCCAGGGCCCCUCUGCAGCAGUCCAGGCGGCGCUCAGCAUGCGGGUGUCGCUGCACAAACUGGGAGCCUCACCCUGGAGGCAGGAGCCCCGGGGGGCUCUUGGCUCUGCAGUGGAUUCAGCCGGGGCAUGGACCUGCUGGGCUUGAAAUUCCAGCAGGGCAGCACUGGCUGCAGUGCUGGGCAGCCCCACCCUGGGCGAGCCGCACCGUGUGUCUCCGGCCUGGGGGUACCCUAAGCCCCUGGGCUACGCACACGGUAUGUCUUUGCUUUAUGUGGCCGAGGCCCAGCCCCUACUCCCCCCCUGCAUCUCCCAUAACAACACUGCUCCUGCCGCAGCCUGGUGUGUUCCCUUCGCCUCCUGUUCCCGCCCGCCCUUUGCUCCCCAUGGAGCAUCCCUCCCUGCCACUCACUGCAUGAAUGUAAAAUGGGGUCGGUGUUCUCCUCCCCUGCUGGCCAGAGGGCAGUGGGGACGGGAGCUGCCCCAUUCUGGCCUUGCCUGGGUUCAGGGUCUCAGCUGCAGGCUGUGCGAGGUGGUCCGAGGGGUCUGUAUCAGCUCUCAGCCAUUCCUCCCCCAGCAGCUCGACCUGCGGCCGAUGCUCUGUCCUCUCCUGCUCCCUGUCCUGCCCCUGGCGCUGCACGCUCCCCUGGGGCUGGGCCCUUGCCUGUGAGUCCUGCCCCAGCCCUGCUUCCCUGGGCUGAGCCAUUUGGCUAGUGUGUUAGCCCCUGCUGCGGGCCGUCUGAGCUGCACCAGGUUCUGACCCCAUCUCCCCUGCCUUGUGCUCCAGGGCUUCUCCCGGCUCCAGCUCCCUGAGCGCUGCACUCCUGCGCCAUAGUCAGGGCUGCCUGGGGGAAAGCUUCCCACCAUGGGCUCCUGCCCCUCUAUUUCAGUGGCACUUGGGCUGCAGGCCCUGGGGCAGGGGAGGGUUCUCCAGUGUGGUGCAUUUCCAAGGGGGGUGCAGUGGGGUGACAGCUCAGGGGAAAUGGGUCCUAGGCUGGAGCCUUGCUGUGCAGGGGUGAACAGAGUGGUGAGCGGCUAAGCCAGGACCCCUCCCUGCUCCUUCCUCUGCGGCCUGAACGGAGUCCCCUGGGCAAGUGAAUGAUGGGCCCUGAGGCUGCUUCUCCCUGCCUCACAGCUGGGUUACUGAGCUGUCCUGCAACCCCUCGGGGAACGGGAGCCUCCUGCCCCUUCUGCCUCCCCUCCAUGGCAGGGGCCCCUUGUCCUGGCAGAGCGACAGGCCCCCGUGAAGUAAAGAGCUGUUGCCCUCUGGCUCAUCGGUCACCUCCCUGUGGUACCAGCCCGUGUUGCUCCUGGCGGCCUGGCUGAAGUCACUAGCGACGCCGGCCGCGAAGCCUUCUCCCCGCAGAGGAACGGAUGGAAGAGCAGCCAGGCCGGGGAAGCAUUUUGCCGUCAUGUUCCCCCCGACUGGUCACUGUUGCCUUAUUCCCCCCGCUCGCUGGCCUGUCUCUCGUGCGCUGCCAUGGGGCAACUGGUCCUGCUGCUAGGGGCCCUUCCCAUCUCCCCAUUUCAUUUUUAUUUUCCUUUAUUUUAUUUUUUUAAAUAAAUGUACGUGGCCCCCGUGAA